GAAAACUGUGAAAGGGAAAACGCUUUUUUGGUAGAAGUGAACGCAGCAAAGGAAAAUGAUUUUCUUCAAAGUACCUAUGUACAGAAACAUGACACCAGACCCUGUAUUGGAGAAUACGCCUGUCCUGUGUGGAUCGGAGCUAACGACAUUGACACAGAGGGUGUAUUUAUCUGGAGUAAAUCGAAAGAAAAGAUAGCGUUUUCACAUUGGCAUCCUAGUGAGCCAUCUACCCAUGUACCAGAACAGGACUGUGUUACGAUUGUUCAUGAAGGCUUGUGGGAUGAUACGACCUGUUUCUCAAAAAUACCAUUUAUUUGUGAAAAAGAGUUGUAG